UCUUCCGCCUGCUUUGGGGAAUGGGGGUUUGGGGAUAGGAGUUGGUUCACUUAGACCCUGGGUCAAGCUGACAUCUUGGUUUGAGAACGGGGGUACCUGUGGUAUUGUAUGGAAAGGGGAAAUGGGACGUGGAAUAGCUGGGUCUAACCAAGGUUUGUGUUGUCUUCUCCAUGGAAACAAGGUAGAAGCAGGGUGGGAGGAUUGAAACCCAGGCAGAGGGCCUAGACACACUUGCUCGGGGCCAGGCAAGUAGCAGCUCUAGUGGUUUAAUGCUUACCUAGCAUGCACAAGGCUCUAGUAGGGAAAACAAAGAAAUGAGCAAAAACGACCUAUAGACUAAAGCUGGGGGUGAGGGGUGGUUGGUACCUGCCUGAUCCCAGCAGUGGGUGGGACGCAGAAGGAACAAAAGGAGUUUGGUCAGCCUGGGCCACAGAGACCCUGUCUAUAAAGAAACACACAGAGGGAAACAAACACUUGCUCCAAGUACAGACCAAGAGCAGGGUUUUGUGGCUGUGUCAGGAUGAUGGUGACAGUGGCGAUCAGCCGUGGAGCUCAGGGGCCGGUCCUGUGCUUCAGGUACACAGGACACUGCCCACUACUUCGGUACAGCAUGGGCCAGACCUACGGGCAGGUGACCGGUCAGCUACUUCGAGGCCCUCCUGGCCUAGCCUGGCCUCCUGCUCACCGCAAGCUUCUGCCUCCCAUCCAGUCUCCAAGGUCUCCUGGGAUUUCCGGGGGGAGGCUACCUCCCAGGCGCGGGCAUGAAAGGCUCAGCUCCAGCAUAGUCCCUGGGUACACAGGUUUUAUACCGCAGGCACAGUUCAUGUUUGCCAAGAACUGCAACCAGGUUUGGGCUGAAGCUAUGAAUAACUUUACGCAAAGGCGUGGGCAGCAGGAGAGUCAUGAGCUGUCAAAGGAGGCCGAGGGAGGAAAAGAGGCCAAGAAAGACCAAGGGCCCCAGGCAGAAGAGCCCGAGCUGAAGCAGGAGGUGGCCCAAACGUCCCCCUACUCCAUGGAUGACACAGAUCCCCAGAAAUUCUUCAUGUCAGGCUUCACUGGCUAUGUGCCCCGUGCCCGCUUCCUCUUUGGCUCCAGCUUUCCGGUGCUCACCAACCAGGCACUGCAGGAAUUUGGGCAGACGUGCUCAAAGGGCAGAGUGCAGAAGGAUCCCAAACCUCUUUCCCCACUCCCCAGGCCCAACUUCCAGAACCUGGGUCUCCUUCCUCACUACAGCGGCUACGUGCCAGGGUAUAAGUUCCAGUUUGGUGGUACAUUUGGACACCUCACCCAUGAUGCUCUGGGCCUCAGCUCCACUCAGAAACAGUUCCUGGCUUAAGUACCAGGAUUUCAAGGUCUCUCUUUUUGUCUUAUCCUGGUGAUCUUUUUGUAAGGAAGAGAGGCAGGUAGGGGGAGGGGCACAAAGAAAACAGUUUAGAGGCUGAGCACCUUUUUAUUAAUAGGCGUAAUAAAUAAAUAAAUACAUAA